AUGGGUCUGUUUUCAUGGCUCUACUCUCUCAUCAUUCUCUUCUUUUUCUUCUUUGUUACUUCUUUGUCUUCUCCUUCUCCACCUCCAUUGUGCCAUCCCCAUGAAAGCUCUGCUUUGCUCCACUUUAAGAACUCUUUCACCUUCUAUAACGAUACAUUCUUCUGUAUGGUGGCCUAUAGGAUUAAUAAUCCUAAUAAUACAAUUUCAUGGAACAAAAACAUGGAUUGCUGCAGAUGGAGUGGAGUCACAUGUGAUGAGGUCACAGCUCAUAUCAUCCGUCUUGACCUUACAUGCAGUGGCCUUCAAGGCAUUCUUCACUCCAACAACUCUCUUUUCUCUCUGGUUCAUCUCCAAUCUCUUAUUCUCUCUCACAAUGAUUUUGAUGGUUCCAAAAUUUUAUCUCAAUUUGGCAAGUUUUCAAAUAUGGUUCACCUUGACCUUUCUCACUCUUAUUUCAUUGGCCAAGCUCCUCUCGAAUUGUCUCACUUGUCCAACUUGGUUACACUUGACUUGAGUUGGAAUGAUGGUUUGAAACUAGAGACAUCUAGCUGGAAAAGAACUGUAGCAAACCUAACAAAUCUCAAAGAAUUGUUUCUUAGUGAUGUUGAUAUGUCUUCUACUUCACCUGAUUCCUUUAUGAAUCUGUCAACUUCUUUGACAUCUCUUGAUCUUAGUUGGAGUUCUUUGCAGGGGGAACUUCCAGAAAAUGUUCUCAGUUUGCCAAACCUUCAACAACUUGAUUUGAGUCGCAACCCAAAUCUCAAUGGUUCUUUUCCACAAUAUAAUUGGAGCAACCAACUUAAAGUAUUGAAUCUUUCUGCAUCUGGAGUCGUGAUAGAUCUACCUCAUCUUUGUAGAAAGUUGAAUGGUAGCAUUCAGGAAUUCCAACAUAAUUCUUUGGAGUUUCUUAAGUUAUCUUCUAAUAACUUACAAGGCUCUUUCCCAAGAUCAAUUUUUCAGCAAGUCAAUCUCACGAAUUUGCUUCUCUCCUCAAAUAACUUGAGUGACGUCUUGCAGUUUGACCACUUUUCAAAGUUAAAAAAUCUCCAACAUCUUGAUCUUUCUGAUAAUAGCUUAUCAUUGGUAUCUAACAGUAAAAAUAAUGAUACUUUGCCCAAUACUCUUUCUGAAUUAUAUUUGUCUUCAUGUGGUAUAAGUGAGUUCCCGUACUCCUUAAGAGGCUUAGAAAUUUUAAUAUACUUGGAUCUCUCCAACAAUCAAAUUGAAGGCAGUGUUCCCAAAUGGCUGUGGAAUGUGGGUCAUCUUCCAAUUCCACCACCUAAAACAAUGUUGUUUUCAAUCUCAAACAAUACAUUGGAUGGGGAAAUAUCACAUUUGAUUUGCAACCUCAGUUUGCUUGAAGUCCUUGAUUUGUCAAAUAACAAUUUGAGUGGGAACAUUCCUCCAUGCUUAGGAAAUUCAAGUCUCUCUGUGCUAGAUUUGCACAAGAAUAAGCUUCAUGGCAUCAUUCCCUCACAUUUUCCAAAGGAAAGCAUCCUACGGGAUUUGAAUCUCAACGAAAAUCAAUUGGAAGGGUCCUUACCAAAGUCUUUGUUCAAUUGUAAAGAGCUGGAAUUUUUAGAUAUUGGAAACAACAAGAUAAAUGGAUCAUUUCCCUGGUGGUUGGAAUCUCUUCCGAAUCUCCAAGCUCUUAUCUUGAGAUCUAAUAGAUUUCAAGGUUCAAUAGGCAAUCCCAAAGUGAGACAUCCCUUUCAAAAUUUGAGAAUUAUGGAUCUCUCUGGCAAUGAAUUCACUGGUCAUUUGCCCCAAAAGUAUUUUGAGAAUUUUGUGGGAAUGAUGAAUGCUACUUCAAAUUACUUGAGCUACAUGCAAGCAACAUCCAAUUUUACUUAUUAUGAAAUCAGUUUGUUGACAAUAAAAGGAAAUUAUAUUGAGUUAGAGAAAAUCCAAACCAUGCUAAUAGUCAUUGAUUUCUCAAGAAAUAACUUCACAGGAGAGAUCCCAAAGUUGGUUGGUAAGCUCAACUCACUCAAAGGGCUCAAUUUUUCACACAACAAGAUAUCUGGCAAUAUUCCACCAUCCUUGGGAAAUUUGACCAAUCUAGAAUGGUUAGAUCUCUCCUCGAACGAGCUUGCUGGGAAGAUUCCAUGGCAAUUGGCAGCAAAUCUAUAUCAACUCCAAUUUUUAAAUCUUUCCGUGAAUCAAUUGGAGGGGCUUAUACCUCGCAGUCGACAAUUUGAUAUAUUCACAAACGAUUCAUACAAAAAGAAUUUUGGCUUAUGUGGGUUUCCUAUUUCAGAAUCAUGCAACGAGGACACCACACCCUAA